UAAUGCUUUUAUAGAAAAUAAAGCUUUUGGAAAUUCGACAAAAAAAAAAAUUACAGAUUUUUAAUUAUAUGAUGAGCAACCCAGAUUAAAAAAAGAAAUUUGAAAACUAAUUGAAUUGUGUUUUAUCAGAAUAAAAGCAAUUUCAAAUAGACAAAUAUACAGAUAUACACAUUAUUUAAAAAUCUUUUAUUUCGUUUGCUCUGUCUCGCUCAAGACUUUGCUAAGCGCUCAUUGUACGUCAUACUAAACAUAUUUGUAAAGAUCUCGCGGAUUGUCUUGUUAAACAUCUUCCAAGUGAUCUUUCUCGGCGAUUAGCUAUCUGACUAUCACGCUAAUGGUCUUGCUGGUGAUCUUUCUUAGAAUUUUGCUGGUGAUCUUGCUGACCAUCUGGCUGAUGGUCUUGCUGGGGGUCUUGCUGGUGGUCUCGUUGGUGAUCUUGCUGAUGGUCUUUCUGGUGGUCCUGCUGGUGAUCAGCCAGAUGGUCAGCAAGACCACCAGCAGAGCCACAAGAAAGAUCAACAGCAAGACCAUCAGCAAGAUCACCAGCGAGACACUAGCAAGACCUUCAGCAAGACUACCAGCAAGACUACCAGCAAGACCACCAGCAAGGUCUAGACAUCCAGAGAACACGUCUUUUGGUAGAUUCAACUCUGCAACUCAGAGUAAUCCAUUUAGUCAAACAAAUACUACUGCUUAUCCUGGCCUAUUUGGUACUCAAGGAGGAUUUAGAACUGGUUCUAACACUGAAUCAGCUAUUGUUGGGACCCCAGUAAAGUUUAAUCCAGUUGUUGGUUCAGAUACUAUGGUGAAACAAAGUGUUACCCAAAUUAUAUCGACUAAACAUCAUUGCAUAAUGGUGAUGAAAGAGUUUAAAAAUAAAUCAUGGGAAAAAUUGCGUUUGGAAGAUGACACUGCUGGUAUGAAGGGACCAAGUCAAUCAGCACCGACACCUGCCCGCAGGUCUUUUUGGACAACUGCCCCUGGUCUUUUUGGACAACCUCAGCAAAGUAUACGGCAAACUACUCCGAUUGGACAAACAAAUACUACUGCUAGUACUGGUCUAUUUGGUACUCAAGAAGGAUUUAGAACUGGUACUAGAACUAGAUCACCUAUUGUUGGGACUUCAGUAAAGUUUAAUUCAGUUGUCGGUUCAGAUACUACGGUGAAACAAGGUGUUACCCAAACUACAUCGACUAACCAUCAUUGCAUAACGGUGAUGAAAGAGUCUAACAAUAAAUAGUUGGAAAAAUUGCGUUUGGAAGAUGACACUGCUGGUAUGAAGGGACCAAGUCAAUCAGGACAGACAACUAGUAUUUUUGGACAACCUCAGCAAAGUAUACAGCAAACUACUCUGUUUGGAGUAACAAAUACUACUGCUAGUACUGGCCUAUUUGGUACUCCUAAUCGACGAGCAACUGGAUUUGGAACAAUGAACAAUACCCAAACACCGGUAUUCGGUGGUUUUGGUACUGCUCAACCAAAUCAAAGUAUUGGAUUAUUCAAUCAAAAGCCAUCAAUAUUCAGUAUGACUCCAGCUACAUCUAAUACUGGGUUUGGUGGUAUCGGACAAACUGUACUAGCAAACACCACAACCAAUUUGUUUAGCCCUGACCAUUAUAGAACAAAAUUAACAUAUGGUAUACUACGAGCUCGACUACGUAGAUGUAGGAUGGAUGAUUUACGAACAAGGAAACGUAUAAUUAAUCUUUUAAAGACAGAAAUAAAUUCACUGACUGACAGUAGUGAAAGUUCUUCUAAUAACAGUUCUCCAUCGACAUCAACAACUGAUUUGACUUUGGAUUCAGGAGAAAAUAACGCUGCAAAGACUUUUGAUGUUAGGUUUGGUCAACCAAAAACUACCGAGGGAACUAAAAAAUUGACAUUUGAAUUAAAAACUGAUGAUCAAAAAAAGAACGCAUUGUUAGAUGAAAAACAACUCGAUGAAGAUGAAUCGUUGCAUUUAAUCUUAAGAUGUAUUAAAAGUUUAGACACAAUUAUUUCUAGAGCCCAAAAAUCUAACGUGAUUGGAAUAUUUGAUCUCGGAACUCACCGACAAGAAUAUAAUUAAAUCAGCUUUGCUCCAGUUACGCUUGUCCCCUGAAAGAGCCUCGUGGAUUAAUAAAUGUGCAUUUGUCAACAUUCAAAUGCUACUUCCCGACUGUCCUAUUACAAAAAAUGAUAUUUAUACCAAUGGACGCUGUUGGAAAUCCAGAGAAUUUGACAGAUACGGUGUUCAAUGUCGUAUUGACAGAAUUGCAAUAUGUUGUUUAAGGGAAGAUUUAAAAUCAUUUCCAAAUGGUGAGAAAACAGUAGUUGGAAAAACGGGUGUCCAGUCGACUGAUGCAC